GCUUGGGUUUUCUUAAAGGGGACGUAUCUAAUUCAGAAGCUUUGGUUAGAAAAGCGGGAAGGUUGCAAAGUAAGCAGAAACCUGGCGCAGGUUCCAGGAUCUGAAAGGCAAGAAAUAGCAGAGUAGCCCAUUAUUUGUUUUUAAGAAAAUGCAGAAAUAGCGAGGGAGAAAAGUGAAAAAGUGUGGAGAACAUUCAUGGCCUCCUUAAAAGGGUUGGUGGACCUUAAGAUCACAGGGAAACAGGUUCCAAAUGCGGCUACUUCCACCAUGUAGGAUAUUAACCAAAAGGAAGCAAUUUUUACCUGCUGCAGCACUCUUGUGUAAAAAUUAAAUUUUUUUAAAAGCCCAAAGUGAAAUUCCCUUGUCCCUGUCCUUGGUUCAGUAAAAGCAGAUGUUUCCCUCUAAGUUCUGAAAGUAGGAUGUUGGAAUAUCAAGAACAAGAAGAGCUGACUACUGUGCGUGUCCAAGAUCCUCGAAUACAUAAUGAGGGCUCAUGGAAUUCUUAUGUGGACUACAAAAUAUUUCUCCAUACCAAUAGUAAAGCUUUCACAGCCAAGACAUCUUGUGUGCGCAGACGAUAUCGUGAGUUUGUGUGGUUAAAGAAACAGCUGCAAAAAAAUGCUGGCUUGGUGCCUGUCCCAGAACUUCCAGGGAAAUCUACUUUCUUCACAGGCAAUAAUGAUGAAUUCAUUGAGAAACGAAGACAAGGAUUGCAACAGUUCUUGGAGAAGACGGUACAGAAUGUUGUACUUCUUUCAGAUAGCCAGCUGCACCUUUUCCUACAAAGCCAACUCUCUGUGCCAGAAAUUGAAGCUUAUGUGCAGGGUCGGGGCCCUAUGAGUGUCACUGAUGCCAUUCUCGACUAUGCCAGGUCCAACUGUGGAUGGAUUCAGGAGGACAGUCAUCCAGCUUUGCUGGCUGUACAUGACUUUGGCAACAGCUUUGAUGAAGAAAGCCAGUUUGUCCAAAGCUCCAUAGAACCACUUCCUCAUUGGAGUGAUGGCAGCAUAGAUGGCAGCAAAUUGGAGAGCCCGUGUUCUGAGGAAGAUGACCAUCAACCAACAGGACUGCUACAGGCUGGUUCCACAGCAUCAAGUCACCCCAUCAACAAUUAGCAAGAAUAAAAAAGCUUAUUCAGGGAUGUGAUUUGGAGUUCAACAUAAAAGUUUGCCACUUGGUUGAAAAUUAUUUGGAUUAUUAGAACUCCAGGUGCAAGUGUUUGGCUUAUUCCUAGUGGCUUGGGUGUAAACAAGCCCAGGCCAGUGAAAUGUUUGAACAAUUAGAAUUGAAGCUUAUGAACACAGUUUUCCAGUAUGCUUUUUUCUGUUCUUCCAUCUUAAUCCACCCUCAAGUCUUCCUCAAUUUUUUGUAUAUUUUGACAAAUUAUCCUGUAUAGGAAAGUGUUCUGGCUUGUUGACUAUGUUCUCUUCCAUCAUCCUCCAUAUCUAUAACUGAUAAUGCUUGUUACAAAACCCCAGCUGCCUUUUGAAGGUGUAUCAAAAUUAUUUGCCUGUAGUACAACUUCUUUUUAAGAUGGUGCCAGAGAGCCAACCUGCUUGCCAUGAAUGCCAAAUCCACCUCUGGAUUCCUUGGAAGAUAUACACAGCUGGGACAAAUGGCCAGACUCCCUCCUCAAUUCAUUAUUGCCAGAGCUGUUAAGAGGAGCAUGUUAUAAAUAUACAAGGGAAAUGAGGAAUGAUAGUCUGUAUUCUUCUUAGUUGUUGGGAAGAGUUAUUCCUGCUGUAUUUCAUUGCUUUUCAUUGCUUUGACACAGCACACAAUUUGACAAGGAGACUGCAAUUCUUAUAUAUUAAAUAACAAUUGUAGUCUGUUUCUAAGUCCUCUUAUCAGUAUCACUGUUAUAGCAAAAGCAAAAGGGUAAUUCUAUAAGUCUAGAUAUUUCAGUUUGCAGAUAUCUUGUUUGACUUAUUUGAUCUUUCAGCAAAAUAAUAAUAGAAUUGAAAUCAACGGGCUCUGAAGAGCCUGGAAGAGCCUGCUUGAGAUGUUUCAGUCCCUUCUUUUUUCUUCCCUUCCCCCUCCAUUUCCACACACUAGACAAAAGAAGCUAAGUAUCAGACCUAUGUUGUCUCUCUCCCAGUUUUUUUGCUUUAAACUGGGCAGAGAAACACAAAUAAGGCCAUUUUUAUCACAAGUAAAUAUUUAUCCUUUGGGUGAUGGCUUUUUUUGUUUACCUAAAGUACUCAAUGUUUUUCUUCUUUGUGUUCUCUUGUGAUAACAAUCUCAACAAAUGUAUAUGAAACCAGAACAAUUAUUACUUAAAAAGAACUACUGGUAGUACAUUGCCUAUUCCUCUCUUCCCACUCUAUCUUGUGCAUGUUACUUUUAAUUUGAAUUUUACUUUUAUUAUAGAACACAUAAAGGAACAAAAAUACUCAAAGCUAUAGAGAAAACUAAAUAAAACAAAUAAAUAAAACAAAAUGGUAAAAAAUGGCCUGUUUUCAUGCAUGUGUGAACUAUAC